UCCUCCUCCUCCUCCUCCUCCUCCUCCUCAAACUGUCUCCCUCAGUGAGUAGUACUGCGCUAAUUAAGUUGAUAAAGCGCGACCCGGUUACUUUGCUUGCUGCUUUAAUAUUAAAAAAAUAUAUUUUGUUGUUAUAAAAACGACAGGCGAAGAGGACGACUGCUCGUGAGAAAGGGCACCUUAUCCAGGGAGAGGGAUUUAUUUUCCUUCUGCAUUCCUGAUGGAGUCCUACAGAGUGACUGACAUUCCUACUAGUGGACCACAGCGGGGCUACACCCAACCAUCUCACUCCUCUAGGCCCCACAGCAAUUGUGGUACAUAUGGUCUGAGCAUUCGAGUCCAGGGCAUAGAUGGACAUCCCUACGUAGUUCUGAACAACCAGGACAAUGGUCCUCAGUCCUUUGACACCGAUAGCAAUGGCUACAUUGGGACAGAGGGUUCUUUUAUUGAUAACUACCAUGAGUAUGAUUUUCGAGGAGAUAAGGAGGGUGGACCCAGGAGCCCCUUCGGCGAGUACAGGUCUCAAAAGAUGAUGCAGUACGCAGCUGCUCAGAAUGGCUCUGCAGAUACGCAAGCAAGGAAAGCGCAAACCCUUCUGAACUUUCAGAGGCAUCCCGAGAUACUGCAGCCCUAUGAUCCAGAGACCAAUUCAUUGAACUUUCAGAGUCUACCUUCAAGGCCCCUUUCUGUUGCUGAGACCGGAACUCAGUCCACAGCCACUGUAUCUACACUAUCCCACAACAUGUGCCAAGAUCAAAACAAAGCUCCCACACAAUCGAACAAAAGUCAACUUCCGUCUACGCGCUCGACUGAGGCAUCAUACCAAAAACCCAAAUUAACUCCUCAGUCUUUGGGUCCGACCCUGCAUUCUCAGCCACAGACCAAGCCGCAAGUGGCUCAGCCGCAGUCCAAACCUUGUCUCAGCAAGCAGAGUCCACCUCAGUCCAAGCCAAUGCUCAAAAGUCAUACCCAAGCAUCUACUGUGUCCAGUACCAUGAGUGAGCAGAACAAAACCCAGUGCAAGUCUUCCACUUCAGUGAACAGUGCCAACUCAAGCCUCGAUCGCAAACGCCGCGAGCCAGAUGUCCUUCCAUUGAGGAGGUCAGACUCCAGUGGCCCUGUUCUGCAAUUGUCUUCUCGCUCUCGCCACUCCUCAUCAUCCUCCACCCCUAAGCUCUAUGCGGACGAAAACAUUGAUGCGCUUUACGCGGACACCAUUAACCGUCACGAGAACCGGCGCUACAUCCCUUUCGUCCCUGGGUCGGGCAGAGACAUUGACAGGGGACCCAUUCCCGGUGUCGAUGAGCUCAUUGAGAAGUUUGACAGCAAAGACGGCAGCCACCAUCGGCGUGGCAGGGCUGGGCGAAGAAACCGGAUCAAUCCUGAAGACAGGAAACGCUCUCACAGUGUGGAUAGCGCUUUCGGACGAGAGGAAGGAUCGAGGCCCCUGGAUGAAUCGAGCCGUCGUCGUGGCGCAUCAAUGGAGCACGUCCUGCGGCCCUCACAACUCCGCCUGCACAGGACAGCUGGGAAUCAGGAGCCCUGGUUCAUGCUCAAUUCCAAGUCACCAUCUCGUACCACUAGUGCCCCUGGCUCUCCCCAGAGCACCUUAUCCACAGGUGUCGGCUACAUCCAGGGAUACCAAAAAACCCAAUGCCAUUCUACAGUUGUAACACUCAAGAAUAAAGACUCAGUGGACACAGCGUCUUCAGCUGGCAAGCUGUCAACAUCUUUAUCCAAGUCCACAAUUGUUGGCAAAAAAGCCACCACAGACACUGAUGUACAGGCAACGCCAGAUCUCCUUAAAGGUCAGCAGGAGCUUUCACAACAAACACACGAAGAGACAGCAAAGCAAAUUUUGUUCAAUUACCUAAAGGACGGAAGCCCCGAUAAUGAUGAAACGACCAAGAGAAAGGUCAACCUGGUCUUUGAGAAGAUUCAAACGUUGAAAUCUCGAGCCACGGCAGGCCCUCCUGAUGACAAAUCCUUGGGUCUGUCUGCUCAGACCAAAGCCCUGCGGGAGCAAAACGCUACAUUGGAGAAAAGAGUGGCCGAACUGAAACAACAAAUUCAAGAACAAAGAAUGACAAAUAAGGCAGACAGCAUGGCAGCAUCAAGCUUGAAGGAGCUGCAGCGGGAACUAGACCGGACUGCCGAAGAGUGCAAAAGCUUGAAGGAAAAACUGCCCAAAACCGAGGCUGAACUCCAGACCACACUUGAAGAGUUGUUCCAGGUGAAGAUGGAGAGGGAGCAAUACCAGACGGAAAUCCGAGACCUGCAGGACCAGCUUUCGGAAAUGCACGAUGAGUUGGACACUGCCAAGACGACUGCUGCUGAUGGCGAGAGAGACGCCAUCAUGGCGGACAUCAUCCAACUUAAGGUUGAGUUGCAGGAAGUGCUAGUGGCCAAAGAGGAGCAGGAGGAUGUUCUGAGGAAGCGGGAGAGGGAGCUGACAGCUCUGAAGGGAGCUCUGAAGGAGGAAGUGGCUGUUCACGAUCAGGAGAUGGACAAGAUGAAGGAGAAAUAUGAGAAGGAGCUGAGUCGGCUGCACAGGUCCUUGGAGGAGGCCAAGCAGAGCAGCACAGCCGUCGUCCAAGAGAAGGCAGAAGUGGAGGCAGCAAAGGGCACGCUCGAGAGCCAAGCGGGACGUCUGAGCCAAGAGGUGGAACGCCUGCGCAAGCGGGCGCAAGAGCUGGAAAACGAAGUGGCCAAACUCAACCGCAUCAUCGAUGACGCCAAGCUGCAGGAAAGCAGGCUGGGAGACCGAGUUGCACGCAUGGAGAAAGAGAAAAAGCAUCUGGUGGAGUCUUUAAAUGAAAUUAAGGAGGAAGAGGAGGAGAUGUCUCGCGCUAACAGAGCUUUGACAUUACGGCUUGAAGAUGUGCAGAGGAACUUUUCUAAGUUAAACAGUGAGCACAAGGUGUUGGAGGAGAGUCUUCAAGAGGAGAAGGUUCAGAAGGAGCAGUUCAAGAAUAUGAAGAACGACAUUGAGGAUGAGAGGCGUCUGCUGGACCGAACGGUGGAAAAGCUACAGAAAGAGAUGAACGACAUUGUGGAUGCAUCCCAGUUGUCCACACGGGAGCUGCAGGAACAGAUUAACAUUUACAAGGAAAAGAACCGCCAGGAGUUGACAGAGCUGCAGAAGCUUCUUAAGGAGCGGGGCCAGGAGCUUGACAAGUACCUGCUGGCUGCGCAAACGCUACAAGAGGAGCUGAUACACCGGGAGGAGGACCUACGUCGGUGUGAGCAGGAGCGAGACAAGGCUGUGCUCAGCGCGAAGAUGUUGGAGAAAAAGGUUAACGAACUGGAGGCAGUGGUGCAGACCUCCACCCACUCUAAAGAUGAUAGAGCUCGACAGUUCAAACUCAUGGAGGACAGAAUCGCUCAGCUGGAGUUGGACUUGGACGAGGAGCGUCAGAAUGGAGACCAGCUGAUGGACAGGCUAGACCGCGGAAGAGAGCAGGUGGACCAGAUGAGGAAUGAACUCAUGCAGGAGAGGGCUGGCCGGCAGGAUGCCGAGUGUGACAAGUUGGCUCUGGAGAGACAGAGCAAAGACCUAAAGAACAAACUGGCUGAUCUGGAGGGCUCGCAGAAGUCCAGCAAAGUGGGUCAGGUUGCGCAGCUGGAGGAUCGCAUUCAUGAGCUGGAGGAGCGCCUGGAGGGAGAGGAGAGGGAACGAGCCAACCUGCAACUGUCCAACCGCAGGCUGGAGAGGAAAGUUAAAGAGGUGAUGAUGCAAGUGGAGGAAGAACACCACACCAUGCAGGACCAAAAGGACCAAUUGAAUCUGCGCCUGAAGGCCCUGAAGAGGCAGAUGGACGAGGCUGAGGAGGAGAUUGACAGACUGGAACACGGCAAAAAGAAGCUGCAGAGAGACUUGGACGAGCAACAAGAAACAAACGAGCAGCUGCAGAGUCAGCUCAAGUCUCUGCGCAGUGAGAUGAGACGUAAGAGCGCUUCGGCACCACUACUCAACAAAUUGGACGACGCCGAUGACGACGACGACGACGACAUCAGCACGGACGGGGAGACGUACUUCAGCUCCACUUCCAGCUACAAGCGCUCGUCCAGUCAGGACAACGUCCUGUCCACUUUCAGCUUGUAGGCGAACCAAAAACGAACAAUGCUUGGACCAAAUCACUGCGCUGAAAUGACUCCUAUCCGGCAGCAGGAUAUCAUUGAAUUGCUUCAGUAUUAUUUGAGCAGCUCUGGGGUCAUUCCAAGAAAAGAAAUGUGUAAAUAUGUUUGUUGCUUUGUAUUUGUCAAAUUCAAGUGUGGCCAGAAUGUCAAUAGCCAACUUGAAUGCACUGCACACGACUGCCUCUGCAUGACAUACCCUCUAUUUUUAUAACCUAUCUCACAAUCUGUGUUUUUCUUUUUUUUAAUACACCGGCCAUUUUAAAUAGAAUGUAUUUUUAGAGAGCAAGGAUGUUUUUUGUUCGUUUGUUUGUUUUUGUAUUUAUUCAUAUGAACAAAACAAAAAUCUGGUUUUGAUGGGGUUUUUAGGGAACAAUGAACGAGGGACUUUGUACACAGACAUUUUUUUUUAAUUUUCUUUUUAUACCAGUCUCAAUACAUCUACUCUAGUCUUUAUUUACUCCUAUUACACAAUUUCUGAAAUAUGUACUUUUAAUUGCCUUUUAUUGCAGUUAUUGAUUUGUUGAAUGAACAAAUCAAUAACUACUCAUUCCUCUUUUUUUUUUCAAUGCCCUUGGCUUGUUUGUGGACCAGCUGUAACAUCCCCCGAAUUGUCCUGAUGGAAUGUGAUAAACUGACAAUCAAAAGUGUUGCAUCACUGUAAUUAUUUGCACUCCCUCUAAUUAAGCAAUAGGAUGCAAAAUGGAUUGAAAGCUAAUUCCUGCCACUACCUCUCGCUACUGUUACGGUGUGACUUCAAUAAACUUGCUUCCGUCUUA